CUGGGACUUUGAGACUUUGGGACGGUCCUGGAGUAAACAAGAGAUCUAGAAAGAGACGCAACGCAGAGGAAGAGAAACCGAGCCCCGCAAGAAGUGAGAAGAGGAAGCAGGGGCGGUGUGAGGACGGGCGGUGUCGGUGUCGGACCUGCGGGGCGGGCAGCACCGGGACCCGAUCCAAACAGCUCGCCACAAUGUAUGUGCCCGGCGCUCAGUGACCGGCAGGACGCCGCCUCGCACGCUUCCACCCGCGCCGCCCGCUCGGAUCCGCUCAGCGCUCACCAUGACCAAGUCAACCCAGGACCUGGAGAUGUGUCAACGGCAGGCGGACGAGGUGAAAGUAUUGAUGAAAGAUAAUGUUGAAAAGGUCAUCGAGAGAGAAGGAAAGUUAUCGGAGCUGGAAGGCAGAUCUGCAGAUCUACUUAAUUUGGCCAACAAAUUCCAGAAGACGUCCAAGACGGUGGAACGUCACACAAGAUGGCAGAAAUGGCGUUGCUAUGUGAUCUUUGGAGGAAUAGUUCUACUUGUGGUGGUUAUACUCAUCAUCGUUAUCGUGAUUCUGGUGGGUGGAGGUGGAAGCUCACCUGAGCAAGCUAUGCAAAAAGACCCCAACUGAUUCAGUCCACCCCAAGACCACCAGAAGCCAAGACAAAACCAUACCCGCGACCACUGCCAAAUAACGUGUAACAAAUAUACUCUGUGUAUGAGCAGAACAUGUCUGUCUGCAGGACUCUACACAUUUGUUUUACCGUUGACUUGAGGAACUUUGCUUCUUGCCUGCCUCUGAAGAUAAUGUAUAGAAUGUUUAUUCAUCCUUAGAGUUAAGUGCUGCUCAGCGCCUUCACGGAGCGGGCAAUGGGACGGGCCCUGCUAUUGCAACAGCGUAAUGUAAGAAAGUCUUUUUACUGCUCGUGCAAGACAAAGGACGCGGACGAGUGCAUUCGGGCUACAUCACCAUCUCAUCUCCUUACUAACUAUCAUGACUUGGUUUCGGGAAAUUCUCAUACAUACGGAUAUGUCAGAGUGAAUGAGAUGGUCCUAUCAUGAGAAAAAAAACAAAAACAUUAUUGAUGAUUAGUGUUGAGUAUUGCAAUUUAAAUCAAGAGGAGAAAAAAAUAAAAUGUUGCAUAACCUGUGUGUAACUUUCUAAUAAAUAUUAUAUAAAGAAUAAUAGAGUACAAAGUAAGAAAAGCGGUAGGGAUCAAAAUGUAAAAAAAAGAAACUUUAUGGGAUUAAGCACAAUGUAAAUAAAGCUACCGUAGGAGUCCCAAACUAUGGUGGGAUCUCUACUUUCAUUUAUAACAGCAGGCAACUUAGGGUCAGGAAGACUCACUAUUGUCCGGCUAUAAUGCCCUUUGAUUUCUAGAGGUCAUCUUGAUUUGAUGCCUUGUCAAGGUCGUAAUGUACUGUGAAGUUUUUAGAAUAAAACAAUUUCCUUAUUUGUGGACAAUUAAAAA